UUUAACAAAAAAAAGAAAAAGGUACACAGCCCACUUGGAUGUGCAUCAUCAAUUAUCUACAUCAAGCUCCCAGAACAGAGCUCCGGGGACAACAUGGGAUUAGCUCUGCACGCCGUCAUCUGCUGCUGUGUUCUCACCACCGUGCUGCCACUGGUGAGCGGCGCCGCCAACAGCACCAGUCCCAAAAAAGGGUUUAAAGUCUGGCGGGAGAGCCGCGUGAAGAGGGACCUGUGCAACGGCUCCGCGGCGGCCGACGAGCAGCGCCCCGACGUCGACGUCGCGCCGCGGCAGGACGAGAACCCGAAAGGCGUCUCGCCCACGUCGCCUCCACCAUGCUUCGGGUUACGCGUCAGAUCCAGGAGGUCGAUGUCGGGCAAAGCGUCCGGCUGCAAGUUUGUCACGUGCGUGUACCACGACCUGCUCCACCGGCUGCACCAGCUCAACGAGAUGAAGUCCUGCGCCCCCAGGAAAAAGAUCGGCUCCAAGGGCUACGGACGGCGCCGCCGCCGCCGCUCGCUCCUGCAGAUCUUCUCCGAAAUACCCGGAAAAUGAAGAGGAAAGCGAAGCGGAUUUCUUUUUUUAAUCGAGAAACUGUCAUUUACUGGAGCCCAAAGCGCCACAAGCAGGAUCCUUUCACACGUGAACUGGAUGGUGUGAACUGCAAUUUAAACAAUCUGUACUAUAUCAAAAAAUAUAUAAUUACCAGCUUGUAUAUAAUAAGGAAAUAUAAAGCUACCUUAUAUUUAAGCACACAAUAAAAAAAUAUAUUUUUAUACAGCCAAAAUACAUAUUAAACAUGUCUUUUUAAUAAAAUAUGUAACUUCAAUGAAGUACGUAUCUUUCUAUGCAAAAUAAAUAAUCGUGUCCUGUA